AUGACUCCUACUGCCCCAGUUCCGCCCAGCCCGUCUGGGGUCCAGGUUGAGGCCCCCCCAUCAACAGCAACUGCAGCAGCAUCGACAACUGCAGCAACAUCAGGGAGGACAGCAGCAACAGCAGAAGCUAUAGAUGGAAUAGGACAAGCUGUUGCCGCAGGAGAAGGGGGAGCAGGCUCGGUAGGAGAAGCAGCAGCAGCCACGGGCGGUCGUGUAAUAGUACUUGGUAUAGAGAGCAGUGCUAACAAAGUGGGUGUGGGUAUAGUAGAUGACUCGGGCUCAAUAUUAGCGAAUCCACGGGCAACGUUUAUAACUCCUCCUGGUACAGGUUUCCUCCCGCGUGAGACUGCCGCUCACCACCAGUCGAAGAUAACCCAAUUGAUACGUAUGGCUUUAAAAGAGGCACAGGUUACCCCUAAGAUGUUGAGUUGCAUAGCAUACACAGCAGGGCCUGGCAUGGGGGCCCCUCUUGCUGUAGGGGCUCUCGCUGCUCGUACUUUGGCUCUGCUCUGGGGUAAAUCUCUGGUGGCCGUAAACCACUGCAUCGGGCACAUCGAAAUGGGGCGGUUGGUGACCGGGUGUGCAGACCCCACCGUAUUGUACGUAUCGGGAGGCAACACUCAGGUUAUUGGCUUUAGCGACGGUCGCUACAGAAUAUUAGGGGAAACCCUUGAUGUAGCCAUAGGAAACUGCAUAGAUCGAGUCGCUCGUCUCCUGCGCCUCCCCAACGAUCCCGCCCCUGGCUUUCAAGUUGAGCAGUUGGCAAAGAAAUUUGAAGAAGAAUUCAAAACCAAACACCAACAUGCAAAUGCCCCUCAACACCCACCACUCUUACAACUCAGCUACAACGUGAAGGGGAUGGAUGUAGCCUUUAGUGGAGUCCUCACAAAGGCAGAGGAGGCUGUCCACCGCAUGCACAGUCAGCAGGGAAUGAGCCAAGAAAAAGCCCUAACCUGCACAAAUGAAGCAGCACAGAUGGAACAUGCACAACCAGAGGGAUUCGAAAUCACAAGGGGAGAAAUCGCCAAACGAAUGCGCACCAAGAAAGGUGGAGGCAUUAGCAGAAAUACCACGAACUCAAGGAAACCCGCCAGGGGCAAUACUGCUGCUGCUGAUGGAGAUGCUGGCCAAGACAGGGAAGGAGCGCGGGAGGGAUUCCGCAGCAGUUCUGAUGAUGAUGUACCGUUGACACCCGAGUUCAUCUGCUACUCGCUACAGGAAUACCUCUUCGCGAUGUUGGUAGAAAUCACGGAGAGAGCGAUGGCUCUUUGCCAAAGCACAGACGUAUUGGUUGUGGGUGGCGUCGGCUGCAACAUGCGCCUUCAAUCGAUGCUGCGGCAGAUGGCAGCUCGCCGUGGCUGCGGGAUGGGGGGAAUGGAUGAGCGUUAUUGCAUUGACAAUGGGGCGAUGAUCGCCUAUGUUGGUUUGCUGAUGUUUAAAGAAGGCAGCACCAUUAACCCUUCUAAGAGCUUCUAUAGGCAAAGAUUCCGCACCGAUGAGGUUGACGUCACCUGGAGGAAGGAAGAGAUGCGAAAGUAA